AUGUGGAAAAUAAUAAUAGUUGUAGCCACCCUAUCUGCGGUGGAAAGCAGCCCCGUUGAGAACGGCGUCGCGGAGAAUUUCGUGGGUGCCGUUUCUGAGUGCAUCGACAGCGACACGUCAUUGUGUUUGAAGGAAAAAGCGUAUCGGCUGACUGAGAGGCUGGCCAUCGCUAAGGAAUUAGAUAUUUUCGACGGUAUCAGUUUAAUUAACACGGGCACGGCCCGUUCUUCACGAAGCUACGAACACUUGGCUGAAGACCCGAAGACGCGAGAGACACAGUUAGAAGAGAGAAUUGUCAACAACGUUGGAGAUUUCUUAGACAAUCAUGUACUGCAGUUACGUCUGUCAGAAGACUCCGAAGGCGGUCGGGAUUUAGAUGGAGAAGCUCGCGGAAAAAAGAAGAAGAAGAUAAAGCAGCUUUUGCCUCUCCUUCUCCUCCUGAAGGUCAAACUGGCUGCACUUGUCCCGCUGUUCCUUGGUAUCAUAGCAUUCGUUGCUGUUAAAGCAGUCUUCUUAGGAAAGAUUGCUUUUGCUAUGAACGCCUUCAACCUCAUAAGGAGACUGUUGAAUAAGAACCAGUCGUCAGGAGUCAUAUCCUAUGCUGCCUCGCCCCAACAUCAGGAAGAACACCCUGGCUACUCUUAUGAACCCGCGGGUGGUUGGAGCAGAAAAGUGAACGAUGCCCAAUCAUUAGCUUAUGGUGGACAAUUAGGACAU